AUGCCUCAGAAAGAAAACUCCCCGCGCGGGUAUCAACAAGUGCCCUCAAGCGCUCAACAAGAUGCCUCAGUUCACAUCCGCAGUAGCUCCAAAAGCAGGAAUCCUUUUGAUUUCUCCUUCGAAGCUCUUCGCCAGAAUCUUUUCCGUGUGACCUUCACCUCGCCAGAGCAUGUCGUUCCUCCCUACCCGAGCGUCACCAAGCCCGAGACCGAUCUCAAAUAUGUGAAUGUGUUUGCCAAGUCCUCCGGAACAUCGAAGACUAUUGAUGUUGGUGGUGUUACCGCUACGGUCGAGUGGGAGCAGACUCCUGUUGUUUCACUCGCGUGGACUGGCUCCGAUAAGUUUUUGCAUCGGGAUUUGCCUUUACGCUCAUACGUUGCUGAUGGGGAGGGUAUCGCUCACUACUCUGUACAUGACCGAGAGGCAUUGCAUGUUGGCCUGGGUGAGAAAGCUGCGCCAAUGGAUCUCACUGGUCGCAAUUUCCAGCUCUCUGCGACCGACUGUUUCGGAUAUGACGCCUACAACACCGAUCCCCUAUACAAGCAUAUCCCGCUGUUGAUCAAAGCGACCCGGGAAGGCUGUGUGGCUUUGUUCUCGACAACUCAUGGUCGCGGUUCUUGGUCUGUUGGUGCGGAGAUUGAUGGGCUCUGGGGUCACUUCAAGAUCUACCGCCAGGACUAUGGUGGUUUGGAGCAGUACAUGAUCGUGGGAAAGACUCUACAGGAGGUUGUCCGGUCCUACGCCGAGUUGGUGGGGAUGCCACUGCUCGUCCCUCGAUGGGCCUACGGCUAUGUCUCAGGCGGAUACAAGUACACAAUGCUGGAUGAGCCUCGUGCCUCUGAUGCACUGGUUGACUUCGCCGAGACAUUGCAGAGCCAUGGCAUUCCUUGCUCAGGACACCAGAUGAGUUCUGGAUACUCCAUCUCCGAACACGAACCUAAGGUGCGGACCGUGUUCACCUGGAACUACCACCGCUUCCCUGAUCCUGAAGCGUGGAUUAAAAAGAUGCACGAGCACGGCAUUCGUCUCAUCAGUAACAUCAAGCCCUUCCUACUCGCUUCCCACCCCGAUUUCAAACACCUGAUCGAUUCCCGCGGUUUCUUCCAAGACGACUCUAAAGAUCCCGGAUACAUGCAACUAUGGAGCGCCGGAGGUGCCACAGGUGGUGAAGGGUGCCAUAUCGAUUUCACAUCCGAAGCCGCCUUCAAAUGGUGGUACGAUGGAGUCCAAAAGCUCAAGAAAGUCGGCAUCGAUGGUAUGUGGAACGACAACAACGAAUACACUCUUCCCAACGACGACUGGACUCUAGCCCUCGACGAAUCAAUGGUAAACAGCCAAGCAAAAAAGUUCACCCCCAACAACGUCGGCCAGUGGGGUCGCGCCCUCCACACCGAACUAAUGGGCAAAUCCUCCCACGAUGCCCUCCUAAACUUUGAGCCAAAAUAUCGCCCCUUCGUCCUAACUCGCAGCGCAACGGCCGGCACAAUGCGCUACGCAUCAAGCACCUGGUCCGGAGAUAACGUCACAAGCUGGGAAAGUAUGAAAGGAGCAAACGCCCUUUCCCUCAACGCAGGCAUGUCCCUUAUGCAAUACGAAGGCCACGAUAUCGGCGGCUUCGAAGGUCCCCAACCUUCUCCCGAGCUCCUACUGCGCUGGAUCCAGCUUGGCUGUAACUCCAUCCGCUUCACUAUCAACUGCUUCAAGACUUCGCCCGAUAACAACUCUGUUGGAGAGGUUAUUGAGCCGUACAUGUAUCCUGAAAUCACACCUUUGGUUCGUGAUGCUAUCAAGCGUCGCUAUGAGAUCCUGCCGUAUAUAUACUCGCUUGGUCUUCAGAGUCAUCAGUUCGCGACCCCGCCGCAGCGCUGGGUUGGAUGGGGAUACGAAUCUGAUCCGGAGGUGUGGACGAAGAAGCUCAAGGCGGGCGAUACGCAGUUCUGGUUUGGAGAUUCGAUGCUUGUCGGUGGCGUUUAUGAGCCUGGUGUGAACGUUGCGAACAUGUAUCUUCCGAGGAAAUCGGGCUCUUUCGACUACGGAUAUGUUAAUAUGAAUGCUCCGUAUACCUACUUCCCGUCUGGUCAGUGGGUGGAGAUUUCUUCUGAAUGGCGGGAGAGUAUUCCUCUCAUUGCGAAGAUCGGAGGUGCUAUUCCUGUCGGAAAGAAUGUGCAUACUCGUGUGCCUGGUGAUGAUACGGCUGCUUCGAUGGGUGUUAAGGAGCUGGAUGAUUAUCGGGGUGUGGAAGUUUUCCCGCCGAAGGGGUCUUCGCAUGGAACUGUAUUUGAGAACACUUGGUUCGAGGAUGAUGGUAUUGCACAGUUGCCGAAGAUCUCGAACUAUACACUCACUUAUAGCUCUACUGAUGAGAAGGUGAUUGUGCACUUCCAGCGUGAUGAGAGUAGUGGGUUUGUGCCUGCUUGGAAGGAGCUGGAUGUUAUUCUUCACUGUGGUGACUGCCGUGCAGUGAUUAGCUCUUCUGGGCAGGAUAUUGUGGCGAGGGGUGCUGAUGCACGUGGUCGGUUGGUGUACACUAUCAAGGCUUGA